AAAGUUUUCUCUUUCUUUUAGAUUUUUAAAAUGCAAAAAAUAUCAUUGAAAGUUCUCCUCAGAUUCUUAAGUGCUUAUUCUCAUUGGAAUCUUGUCAGACGGUCUGAGGGAUAUCAUCUAUAUUUUGUAACAAAGGAGAGCACCGGUUCGACAGUUAGUUUUCCCGAGCACAAGGAGAGACGACAUGAAAAACGAAGACGACGAACAGGAAAUCGGAUUCGUAAACAACCAGAUCGACAGAUUCCUCUGGUGAGACGAGCAAAGAUAAAGGGUUUGGAAGAUGAGAAAGCUGGAAGUGGAAAAGAUGUUUUUAUUUUUUCUCCAAUUUUUGAAACUGUCGAGGAGGCCGUUCAAGUUGGAAUAGAUAUAUCCGGAGAAUCAGGUUCUGGUCCAGUACUAGGAGUACCUGGAGUACCAGGAGUACCAGGUGUACCAGGACCUUUAUCUCUACUCGAUGAAAAAAGUAAAAGGUCGUCUUAUGAUUCCUUAGCCUGGGACGACUUUUUACCUUACAAGUCAGAUAACAGUGCAGACGAUUCUUCUUAUGAUACUAUUGAAAAUAGUACGGAGCUAGAUUCAAAGGAAUCAACACCUUUUUUCAUAGACGAUAUUCCACCGGAUUUUGGAACUUCGGAUCUAAACGAAUCCAGCAAUUAUAAUAUUUGUGUCAGAAAUCAAGCAGAUAAGCUAAUUAAGGAUAUGCUCCAACUAAGAAGAGAGAUAGAAGAAAUGAAUUAUCAAUCCAAACCUACAGAUGAACCCAUUGUAAUCAGUGGGGAAAUAGUUGCUAUUGACGAAUCCUCAUCGCAGCAGCAUCUUUAUGAUAGAUUAGAAAUUAUAACCGCAGAGGUGAAAAAAGAAAUGGAGAUCAAGUCAGAUAAGGAAAGGGCUGAAGGGAAAAUCAACAGAAUGAAUAUUGACGAUGAUACAAAAAUUAGGAAUUUUUUCAAGGAAAUCGUUGAAAAGCAAGUAUCUGUAAACGAGGAGCUAAAUGCUCAGAACACAGAAGCAGAUACUAUUCAUUCUCAGGGAGAUGGGCUACGUGAGCUUGAGUCACUUGCCACACAAGACUCGUGUAGUGAUCAAAUUCUGUUGGUGAAUGAAGAGGAAAACAAGAUGGAGGACAUCCCGGAAAUCCUGACAACAGCUGACCUAGAUUCUGGAAAGAGAAAGAAGAAGAAUAAAACGGAAAAGCCCCGGCCCACAUUCAGUGUGGACUCUUUAAAAAGAAAAUCUAAGAAGAAAGACGACGGGAAAACUUUAGAUAUUCCUUUCUGUGGUUACAAUCAAUACAGAACACUUCAUUCUCUAAAUAUGGAUUCAUUAGAUCGAAGGCGUAAGAAAAAGAAUCUGCAAACCAUACUUUCUCCACAUGACAAGCAGGAGGCAAAGGAAAUUCUAGAAGAUCUUGUAGAAAUACGAGAUAAAAACAAUAAGAAGGGACAAAAUAAUCUUGUACUUGAUUCUAUGAUUAGUCUGUUUGCUCUGUCCUCUACUAAUCUGCAGAUUCCAGCCCAACCCAGUUCAGCGUCUUCUGUGGUUCAGUUUAAAGAUUUAUUCCACUUCGAGGUGAAUCAAAGUGAAUCCAGGUCUGUUUUUGAAAAGCUAGCGAUGAAUAACACCACUGAAAGCCACACAUUACAGGAUCUGUUCCCCUGGAGUGACAGAGAAGAGGGAAAUCUGAAAAAAUUAAAGUUUUGAAUUUUUUUUUCAAAACCCGUCGUUGCCAUUUCAUAACUUUUUUCUUUCUUUUUUAGAAUACAUGUUAAUACAAUUAAA